UAGCAUGAGAAGAUUAGUACACUAAUAUAUGUCUAUAUAGAUCCAUUGAACUAAGAAACAAACUCAUCAAACACAGAUAUUACUACUUUUCAUUUUUCAUUACAUGCUUCAAUUAUGACAAGUAUACAACUAGAAAAGUCCCCUGUCCAAACUCCAGCAACUCUUAAGUACAUCCUUGAAACAAGUUGCUAUCCAAAAGAGCAUGAGCAAUUGAAGCAACUAAGAGAGGCCACCGCACAUAAAUUCGAGGGCUCAUGGGAGCAUUUCAUGAGUGUGCCUAUAGAUGAAGCUCAGUUUCUGUCUAUUCUUCUUAAAACUAUGAAUGCAAAGAAAACCCUAGAAAUUGGAGUCUUCACUGGUUAUUCUCUUCUUGCUACAGCUCUUGCUCUACCAAGUGAUGGCAAGAUAACAGCAAUUGAUGUUGACAGAGAAGCAUACGAGGUUGGAUUGCCUUUUAUCGAGAAAGCUGGUGUGGAGCACAAAGUUGAGUUUAUCCUUGGAGAUGCAUUAUCUGUUCUACAUGAUCUUGUUGAUGGAAAACAAGAAGAAUCAUUUGACUAUGUUUUUGUGGAUGCUGCUAAGGAUCAAUACAUAAAGUAUCAUGAACAAGUGUUGAAACUGAUGAGAAAGGGUGGAAUAGUUGCAUAUGACAACACCUUGUGGGCUGGUUCAGUUGCAAUGUCUGAGGAUGAUGAAAUGGGUGAUCACAUAAAGCCUUAUAGAAAGCCUUUGAUUGAGUUCAACAAGUUUAUAGCAAGUGAUUCUCGAAUAGAAUCAAUCAUUCUUUCUGUUGGGGAUGGUUUAACACUUUGUAGGAAGGUUUGAUCCCUUCAAGUGGAAGAAAUUUAAGAUGUAAUAUGAGGAGAAUUCUUAUUGUAUGAAAUAAAAGUGAAAGAAAAUGCUAUAAUAAAACUUCCUUGAUGUCGUUGUUGCUGUUGAAAGGGACAUCUUUGAUGCAUAGUUGAAGUUUAGGUUUAAGGAAAAUAUGAUUUCCCUUCUUUAAUUAAAUGAUGAUAAUAAAAGAGUUCAAUUUUCACGUA